AUGGCCGAUGGGACGGACGCCCCUGUCAAUGGCAGGCGCAGACUGCCUUUCUUCCGCAGUACCCGACCCGAUCGGCCUAUCGCCCGCCGACGCCAGUCCACGGUACAUUGGCAUCGCGGCCUGCGCUCCUUUCUCUACUUGAUCGCAUUUAUCUUCUGCGUCUUGGUCGAAAUUGGAAACACCUUUGACAAACCCGUUUUACGAAACACAUACUUCCUUUACCUCGAUCUUUCCAACAUCAUUCCGGUAUCCGUCCCCAAUGCCGUCUUCAUCAACUCUAUUGCUAGAUCCAUUGGUCUACACGAUUUCUACCAGGUUGGUCUGUGGAACUUUUGCGAGGGGUACGACGGGGAUGGCAUUACACACUGCUCUAAACCGGAGACUUUGUACGCCUUUAACCCCGUCAAAAUUAUUGUGAAUGAACUACUCUCCGGAGCUAGUAUCGCCCUCCCCUCUGACAUUACAUCGCCUCUCAACCUCGCCAAAUUAGCGUCAAGAUGGAUGUUCGGCAUUUUUCUAGCGGCCACCAUCCUCAAUUUCCUGAUGAUUUUCCUCAGCCCCUUUGCCGUCUCCUCCAGACCCCCACAGGCAAUUAAAUACCUAGUGGACAAAGACAAUAAUAUCCACGACGCUAAUGGCACCAACGGCACCGAUAGCUCCGCGCUAGGCCAACUGCCCCACCGCCGCCGUACUUUCAUCCUCCUGCGCUCCUUGCCGUUCCUCUUCCUUACAUUCCUGACCGCUCUCCUGACGGUCGUCGGCUCCGUCGUGGCAACCGUCAUGUUUAUCAUUUUCGCAAAUGUCUUCUCAAAUGCUGAUCCAAGCUUGAACAUCAAGUCUCAUAUUGGUAAACAGAUGUUUGCUUUUAUGUGGGUUGCUUCGGCAUUUAGUCUUAUUGCUUUUAUUCUUCAAUUUGGCUCCUGCUGUGCAGCCUGUUGUGGUGGUCAUAAAGCGCGGAAGAAGCUUAAGCAGGAUGGUAUCAAUCUGCAUGAGAAACGUUCGCAUCAAAGCAGUUUGACUAAUACCCGUGAUGAGCAUGAGAAUGAGCGUGCGCAGGAGCAUGUCGAGCCUCAUGCGGUUACUACGGAAGAUUGA